CCACUUCCGUAAUUGCACGGUGUUAGUCUACAACAACCUGACAACAACUCUCCGGAUGAAUCGCUGCAUAAUUUACUAGCGAGCGGGUCUUUUUGCCAUGUCGUUGCACAGAGUUGGGAGCGGGGUGGUUUCGAGGCGGUUGACUUACCCCGGCGGACCGAAAUUUCGCAUUAUCGGAACCAGUCGCUUUCGAAUGAAGUCCUACGUUACACCUAAUCUUGCGUCUAGUGGACCCCUCUCAAGCUACCCGUUUUUCAAUACGUCCCAUCCCAUUCCAGGUCAGAAAUCAGGCUUCGAAACGAUGUCAACUUUUCAUAGAAUAUCCCGUUUCUUUGGUUCUCCGUUUUCUACUGCGUCCACACUUUCCUCUCCCAAACAUUCGGAAACGACCCUGAACUUGAACCAGGGCCAGAGGAAAGGUAAAUUCGUCGGAUCUCUUGAUUGUGGUACUACUUCCGUCCGUUUCAUUAUAUUUGACCAAUAUGCCAACAUUGUGGCACAAAAUCAGCUUGAGUUUCCCCAGUAUUAUCCUAAUCCAGGGUGGCAUGAACACGACCCCGAAGAAAUUCAACAAUAUGCUGAGUUGUGUAUCCAGAACGCCAUGAAAGAGCUGGAGACGGCUGGGUGGGCGAAGGAGAGUGUCAAAGUUAUCGGUAUAACUAAUCAACGCGAAACGACUAUUGCUUGGAGCAGAAAUACAGGCAAACCGUUAUGUAAAGCUAUUGUCUGGACGGACUCCCGCACGAAGAAUACGGUUAUACAUUACGAGAAAAAGUUGGAGGAAAUAGGGGUUGAAGUGAAGCCAGGGGUGUGGAGAAAGGGAAAGGACGGCGUAGCAGCGUUAAGAGAAAUUACGGGCUUGCCGUUAUCCACGUAUUUUUCCGCGAUCAAGUUGCGAUGGAUGCUAGAUCAUAUCCCCGACGUCGCUGCUGCGCAUGAAUCAGAUGAUUUGCUUUUCGGGACAGUGGAAUCAUGGGUCCUAUAUAAUCUUGUUGGGGGCACUUCCUCUAGUCUCCACGUUUGCGAAGUCACCAACGCAUCUCGCACACUGCUUUUGAAUACCACAACUCUUCAAUUCGAACCAUGCCUCCUAUCAUUCUUCGGUUUCCGUUCCUCGAUUUUACCCAGAAUUGUAUCAUCUUCCGAAGUCUAUGGGCAUGUUUCACCCGAUGUUGCGGGAGGAUAUCUUGCAGGUGUACCAAUAGGUGGGCUUGUCGGCGAUCAACAGGCGGCAUUGGUAGGUAACAAGUGUUUGAAGGAGGGCGAGGCAAAGUGUACGUAUGGCACUGGGGCUUUUUUACUGUUUUGCACUGGAGACGAGAUUGUCAAAAGCGAGCAUGGCUUGCUAAGCACAAUCGCGUAUCAAGCAGGUCCGCAUGCGAAACCCGUGUAUGCUUUGGAAGGAAGUAUUUCUGUUGCUGGAAGUGCAAUUAAGUGGCUUCGCGACACCAUGGGGUUCAUUGAGGAUGCCGCAGGAGUCAACACACUUGCCGCUAAAGAGACUGACACAGGCGGGGUAUACUUUGUCACUGCAUUUUCCGGCCUAUUGGCGCCAUAUUGGGACCCCGGCGCAGGUGGCCUUCUAAUCGGUGUUUCUCAAUAUACGAAUCCGGCACAUAUUGCCCGUGCAACACUGGAAGCGAACGCCUUUCAAACUCGAGCCAUUAUUGAAAGCAUGAAGCUCGAUUCAGGCAACGAUUUACAGCUUCUCAAGGUAGACGGAGGAAUGACGAACGGUGAUUUGGCAAUGUCUAUACUGGCUGAUAUAGGCGGGUUCACUGUUGUUCGGCCUGAAAUGCGCGAGUCUACGGCUCUUGGCUCAGCCCUCCUAGCAGGCGCAGCAAUAAAGUUAUUCGGGUGGAAUAUUGCAGAUCCAGAAACGUUGAGGGAGGUAAAUACCAAAGGCACAACUGAAUUUAGGCCGCAUAUAGAAGACAAAAUUAGAAGGAGAAAGUGGGAAGGGUGGCAGCGUGCUGUAGAGCGAUCGAAAGGAUGGGAAGAGGGUGUAGACGAGUGAAGGGCAAAUAGACUACUUUACUGACAUUCAACAAUAUACUUUUAGUAUGUAUUUAAUAGGCUUUCAUAGUAGGUGACUGGGGCUGUUGGAUCCGAAACGGUGUUCCGCAACGGUUGAAAUAAUAUUUUUUUCUACUACA